AGACAGGUUAUCAGUGACGGUGGCUCAUUGCAGUUAGCUUUGUGUGUCUGCAUAUUAUUACAUUAUUUACUGGCAGUAUUUUUGUUUAUAUGGGCACAGCCUAUUGUGUCCGGGAGGCGGCGGUAAGGCACCUUUCGGUUACAUUAAACAGAUAACAAGAAUAAGAUGAAGAAGAAGCAGGACGCUUGCUCGAAUACUCUGACGACUAACAGCCAUGAAUAAAACUUGGUUUUCGUCUGUGGUCGCCAACAAAACAGACUCAGUGUCUGUCUAGAUAUCUGCUAAAACCACGGACGGUUGCAUCUGAACCGGGUCUAUCAAGCUUACUGACGUUUCUCUGUUCAUCCCCUCAUCAUGGUGGACUACUACCAGAUUUUAGGAAUACGGCGGGGUGCAUCUGCAGAUGACAUUAAGAAGGCGUACAGAAAGCUGGCACUGAGGUGGCACCCUGAUAAAAACCCUGACAACAAGGAGGAGGCUGAGAAGAAAUUUAAAGAGCUGUCGGAGGCUUAUGAAGUCCUGUCAGAUGCCAACAAGAGGAGCCUAUAUGAUCGUUACGGCAAAGAAGGGCUGGCAGGGAGUGACAGAGGAAGAGGGGGGCAUUUCCAUAAUGGAGAGCAUUUCCAUGAACUGUUCACAUUCCGUAACCCCGAAGAUGUUUUUAGAGAAUUCUUCGGUGGCAGAGACCCAUUUGCAGAUUUUUUCGGUCCAGAUCCAUUUGCUAAUGAUCCAUUUUACGGCAGUGCACAGCAGCACCAAACUCAGCAGAAUCACAUCCGAGUAGGUGACCCGUUUUUAAGGGGUUUUGUUGGUUUUCCUCCAUUUGGUCCUGGCUUCUCACAUUUUGACCCAGGCUUCGGUUCAUUCAACUCCAUGAGUUCCAUGGGUCACGUAGGCCACUUGACAAACAUGGGCAGUCUGUCAGGUGGAGGCUUCACCUCAUUCUCUUCCACCUCAUUUGGAGGAGGAGCUGGAGGAAACAUGCAUAGCUUCCGCUCUGUAUCCACCUCCACCAAGAUCAUCAAUGGCAGGAAGAUCACUACUAAAAGAAUUGUUGAAAAUGGUCAGGAACGGGUGGAGGUGGAGGAAGAUGGGCAGCUACGGUCAUUGACCAUUAAUGAAUUUUAUGCUUUUUGGGCUGUGAUGAUCGUGUGUUUGAGGCAACCUCGGUCCAGUUUAUUCAAGCAAGCAAAGAUCAAGACUAAGUCAGGCAUGAGGCCUCAGCGAGGAGCAAGGAAGAAAAGAGUGAUAUUACAGAUUUUUUCAGUAAGAAGGGAAAGACAGAUACAGUGGUUGUAAGUAGUCUACAUUCAUUAAUUCUUCUAAUAAUAAUAACAAUAAUUAAUUGAAUUUUUAGCGUUUUCAAGAACCCAAAGAUGCUUACAGAGGAACAAGGUAGCGAACUAACAAAAAGGACGGGUUAAGGAUAGGGGAGGUCAGACUUGAAUGUGGGGAGUGAGGGUGAGUCGUGGACAGGUUGGGGAAGAGAGUUCCAGAGUUGGGGUGCUGUUUGGGAGAAGGCUCUGUCGCCGAAGGAUUUGAGCUUGGAUGUUGGUGCUGUUAGUGAGAGAGUUGAAGACGAUCAGACGGCAUGGGUGGGGUGGUGGGGGAUAAGGAGGUCAGACAGGUAAGGGGGAGCCAGGUGGUGAAGGGCUUUGAAGGUGAGGAGGAGUAUCUUGUAAUUGAUGCGCUGUUUAAUGGGGAGCCAGUGGAGAGAGUGGAGAACGGGAGUGAUGUGUUGGUGGGCCCGGGUAUGGGUAAGGAGGCAGCAGUGUUUUGGACCAGUUAGAGUCUGUGAAGGGAACGCGAAGUGAUGCCAGUGAGGAUGGAGUUGGUAAAAGAAAAAGUUAUAUUGCGAACCCCUGUGUGCGGUAUUAUAAGUAUAAUCCAAUCCAUAGUAUUAAUAGUGAUAAUUGAUAAUCUAAAGCUUCUUGAUUUUGCUCUCAAAUCGCACCAGAUUGCUCCAUUUAAAUUUACGAUGCUCAAAAAAAUUCCGCCGGGGGGAAACUCCGGACCUCCAGGAGGGGCUGAUCCUUGCCAUACCUUGUCCGAAACUGAAAUGACGGCACUGCUCUGAUCUCUUAUAAUUCAUUUUCUAUUACUAACCACUGUGUCUCCCUCUUUCCCCUCCCCUCCCCUCCCCUCCCCC